AUGUCCAGGCCAGUGAUAUGUCCUGUGAGUGUGGGGGCCACGGCCCCUGAGUCUCUCUCCGUGUUACAGCGGCGUCUCCAGACAGCUGAGGAGCAGACAGAGGAGUUAUUGAGGGGUCUGGGCUCUUUAGGACUGUCUGCAGACCAGCUGCUCAUGAACUCUUCAGACGGAAACACCUCCAAGCGUCCAGUCAGUCCAGUGAACAUUUAUCGGGCCUUGGGUGCCAGUGGAGAGGGGUUGUUGUGGAGACAGUGUGAGACUCUCAUUGCACGAAUGUGCCGAUUGGAGAGUCUUUUGCACACUAUUAAACUCGCAACCUUCCGACUGGAGACGGACAGAGAACUCAAUCCAUCCCACACGGCGCGUCUACAGGAGCAGUUAUCCACCCUUCAGGGGCAGUAUGAAGAUGAGCAGCGAUCCUCACGACGGGAUGUGCUGCAUUUGAAGGAUCAGCUGCAGCAGGCAUGUGAGAAGAAGGAGGAGGCGCAGAGAGAGGUGCUCAGACUCAGAGAGGCGCUGGAGAGCACCAGAUCUGCUAAGAAGAGAGAGCUGAUGUCGCAAGAGACCGUAGAGCUAUCCCACAAUGCACUGCUGCUCAGAGUGGAGGAGAUGGAGCAAGUGGUAGAGAGAGAGAGAGCACAGGUGGAGGUUCUUCAAGCAGACUGCCACGCACUGCGAGCUGAUGGACAGGCAAACAGGGUGGAGCUUAGAAAAAGGGAGGGGCAAAUUCUGGGCCUGGAGAGAGAGUGUCAGCAGCUCAGAGAGCAUUCAGGUGUGAAAGACACUCUGAUAUCACAGCUGACCAAAGAGAUAAAGAGUGUGAAAAUGGCUCUGCAAAAACAGCAGCAGGAGAACAGCAGACUUAUUAAGGAUGGAAAAGACCUCAGAGCAGCUGCAGAUGAAGUGCAGGUGUUGAAUGAUAAGUUAGAGGUUCAGUGUUCAGAGUUGAGCGCUUCACUUCACUCGCUAACACUCGAAAACACUCGACUGCAGACAGUGUACCAGAACAAUAUUAAGGUGGAGCGAGAUCGUGUGUCUAAACACCUUCAGGGGCAGAAUCUGCUUUUAGACACAGCCAGGAGGAAUAUUCAGGCUGAACUACAGGGCACAAUAUCAGACAAACUCAUCCUACAGAGAGAACUUGAGUCCCUGAAGGCGGAGCAUGCCAAACUGCAGCAGAGUUCCACUGUUGCCCAGGAGACAGCUGUCACUCAUCAGCAGAUGUUGGAACAAACCACUGAAAGCCUGCAGGGGGAGCUCACCUGUGUCGUAAGAGAGAAAGAGACCAUGAGGAAAGAGAGGGAUCAGAUAAAGAGUGAAAUGAGUUCAGCCAUGAUUUUGCUACAAAAAGAGAAGAACGUUCUAGAAACACAGCUUUCAGAGAUGCAGGUGGAGUUGACCACAUUGAACUCAACGCUGCAGAAACAGCAGGAGGAGAACAAGGAGCUGAUGAAGAGUCUGACAGCCAUGGAGCAUCAGCAGGUAACUCAUCGUCAGGUAGAACAGAUGCUCUGGGAGUUGACAGACAGCAAGAACAUACUGGCCUACGAGAAGGGCAAGUUGCAGGCACGAGUGCAGCAGAUGGGAGAUGACAUGAAGACAUUAAAAGCAGAAUGUACUCAUCACUGUCAGACAAAUACUGCACUGCAGAACACUUACACACAGGUGAGCUCAGAGCUCAGGUGUGUGAAACUGAACUGUAUGAAUCUGGAAGAGCAACUCAAACAGACACAAAGGAAGAACCAUACACUCAAAGAGCAACUCAACACACUACAGCAACAGCACAGAUACACGAAUGAAGUAACGCAGACACUGGAGAAUGUCCUGUCAUCCCAUACUCGUCUACAACAGAACACACAAACACUGCAUGCAGAACUGGGAGAAAAAGCACUGGAGCUACAUACACUCAAGGGAGAGAGACUGCAGGCUAUGAAAGAGAUUCAGAGGCUUAAAACUGAAGUGGAAAGUCUACACAUGUUGACACAAACAAUGAACACUGAGAAGGUUGAAUCUUUGCAAAAAGCCCUUGAUGAAGCUCAACUGGACAACAAGAAACUUGCCCAGAGUUUACAGCAGGCCUUACACGGAAACCACUCAGGACAAGAGACACUAAAGACACUCAGCGAGAGGGAGGCGGAGCUUAUAGAAGCGAGGGCAGAAAUUCAUAGAUUGACAGAAAAUGUGGAUUCCCUCAAGAAUCUACUCAAAAGAGAAAAAGACUCCGGGAGGAAGUCAACACAGCGGCUGAAGAAGGCACUAAAUGAUGCAUCAGUGAAGUUAGGUGACCUUUCACAAGCCAAUCAGGAGCUUGAAGAAAAGGUGUCUGAGCUAGAGAACCUCGUGUCCAAUCAGAAAGCUCAGAUGAAGCAGUAUUUGGACAACAAAACAGCUCUGAACAACUCACUGAGAAUCAAGGAUUUGGAAGCAGAAAUCGAAAGUCUUGAAGAAGCAAAGGAUGAAUAUAAGAGGAGAAGUUAUGAACAGUCUCAGUGUUUGCUGCAGCUGCAUUCUGAGAUGGCUUCUCUCCAGACUGAGCUGCAGUGUCUGGCCUCCACCCAGCAGGGGGAGCUACAGGACGAGAGAGUUCUCAACCGUACGCUACAGGAGAAAUGCCGGCAUCUAGAGGAGAGUUUGAAACGACUCCAGGACGAGAGAGAUGAGACAGAAGUGAGACUGAGGGAGGUCUGUCUAGAGUCACAGCAGAUCACAGAGAUCAUGGACGAGGACCACAAAGAUCUGUGCUCUAAAUCGGAGAGCUUUAAUAAUGAGGUCGAGCUACAGAAACCCAACGAGAGCUCAUGGAGGACCGGAGAAGAUUGCACACUGUCUACUCUGGCUCAGGACAGAGGCAAGACUCACGUUUACUUUUUUGACCCGGAACUGGAGCCGUGGGCCUCCACACUACAGCGCUGGGAAACCAAGAAAGAGCUGGCACGUAUAGCUGCCGGUUACAAACCCACGAGGCGCGUACACACACUGACAUAGUGCUGUCUAAUUACACACACCAGCUCAUUUGAAUCACUAUGAAGUGCCUUAAGAACAUAAAGAUCAUGGAGAAGUACCUCAGUGUGUAAACUACAUGAAAAGAAAUAUCUUUAUGUUUGUAUGCAGUAAAAUUUGGGUAAAUAUCAAGAAUAUAUGCAAUCAAAUUUCAAGCAUUUUUGGUGCUUUUGUAAUUACUUGAAACUAAAAAGUGCAUUUUUGAAAACACAUUAAAUUACCAAAAAUUAGGGACAUGUUCUUUCCCCCAUGUCACAACCCACAGUAAGUUUCAAUUGCAGUAAAACAAAUUCAAAUCUCCAUCUUGCAUACAACUAUUCUCAUACUAGCUGAAAUCCUAGGAAGUGCACACUUAGCUGCAAGGCAUGUUAAUGCUGAAUUGUGUAGUUUUUUCUGUGUUCAGAUAUUUUCUCCUAUCCCCACUAAAUAUGCAGAGACAACUGUAAGUAAGCCAUUCAUAGGUUAAUUUUCUCAAAAACUGUAAACACUGUGUCUCUGCUGCUACAAUUUGCUAUAAAAAUGCAUUUUUUGUUUGAGUGGCCCGAUACAACAACAACAACACUGACUCAGCCAAUGGUGUAAGUUGGGGGCGGGACUAUCUGUUUGUUUAAUUAACAGAAGAUGGCAGGUGUAGUCGGAAGGCUGUUUGGAAACAAUGUUUAUUAUUGCAGUUCUAUUCGGUGGUGCUAGCAGUGCAACACACUGCAGCUUUAAGUCUUGCCAUAAGAAAUGGGCAACCACUAGGACAAGGGUGGGGAUCCUUUUUCCUAUUAAGGGCCAUUUGAGUAUCUACAAAAUUAUUUUUUAUACGGCUCUGAGGCCAGACGUUACCCACCCCUGCACUGGGGCAUAAUCAUCAGACUGAAAAUGAUUUGCACACAGUUCGACAGACAUAAAUUACUUCUAAACACUUGUGUGCAUAGUAUAACUUGUGUGUACAUCUGGCUAUGUU